CGACUGCCAAGUCUCAUGCCGGAAUGCUGCCUUCUUAUAUUUAUUGGGGCACUGGUUGGAGCAAUCAUUUUUGGCACUGAUCACAAAUCCCCACCAGUUAUGACUACUAACAUUUACUUCCUGUAUCUCCUCCCACCCAUUGUCCUUGAGGAGGGGUACUUUAUGCCUACUCGCCCCUUUUUUGAAAAUUUUGUGUCCAUCCUGUGGUGGUCUGUACUGGGAUCCCUCCUCAAUGCCUUUGGCAUCGGACUGUCUCUCUAUGGGAUCUGCCAGAUUGAAGCCUUUGGUCUCACUGAUGUUAACCUGCUGCAGAACUUGCUCUUUGGCAGCCUGAUUUCAGCUGUGGAUCCCGUGGCAGCACUAGCUGUUUUUGAAGAGGCCUCUGUUAACGAGCAGCUUUACAUGAUGAUAUUUGGAGAGUCUUUGCUAAACGAUGGAAUUACUGUGGUGUUAUAUAACAUAUUCAUCGCCUUCACCCAGAUGCACCGAUACGAAGAGAUUGAACCUGUUGAUGUUCUUGCUGGAUUUGCUCGUUUCUUUGUAGUAGGACUAGGCGGAGUGCUAUUUGGGAUCAUGUUUGGAUUUGUUUCGGCAUUCAUGACUCGAUUUACACAGAAUAUUUCUGCCAUUGAACCACUGCUUGUCUUCAUGUUCAGCUAUUUGUCAUAUUUGUCUGCUGAAACCCUCUACAUCUCAGGCAUUCUGGCGAUGACGGCAUGUGCAGUGACUAUGAAAAAAUAUGUGGAGGAGAAUGUUUCCCAGAAUUCCUACACAACCAUAAAGUACUUCAUGAAGAUGCUGAGCAGCGUCAGCGAGACUUUGAUUUUCGUGUUCAUGGGAGUGUCCACAGUGGGAAGGAACCACGAGUGGAAUUGGGCCUUUGUUUCCUUCACUCUGCUCUUCUGCUUGAUUUGGCGUGUGCUAAGUGUGUUUGCUCUCUUUUAUAUUAGCAACAAGUUUCGGACUUAUCCCUUCACCAUUAAAGACCAGCUCAUUAUUGCCUACAGUGGCCUUCGAGGAGCCAGUAGUUUCUCUCUUGCAUUUUUGCUUCCUAUGUAUCUCUUCCCUAGAAAGCACAUGUUCAUUACGGCUACUCUUGUAGUUAUAUAUUUCACUGUGUUCAUUCAGGGAAUCACAAUUGGUCCACUGGUCAAGUAUCUAGAUGUUAAAAAGACUAACAAGAAAGAGUGCAUCAAUGAAGAGAUUCAUGUACGAAUGAUGGAUCACUUGAAGGCUGGAAUUGAAGAUAUAUGUGGCCAUUGGAGUCACUAUCAACUGAGAGACAAAUUUAAAAAGUUUGACACUAAAUAUCUGAAGAAAAUCCUGAUCCGGGAGAACAAGCCCAAAUCCAGCAUUGUAUCUCUGUACAAGAAGCUGGAAAUCAAACAGGCCAUUGAGAUGGCAGAGAGUGGGAUGAUAAGUUCAGCUGCAUCGACAGCUUCUCUCCAGAGCUAUAGAAAUCAAAGAAUGCAUAGGCUUUCCCCUGAAGAGGUGGAGUCCAUGCGGGAUAUGCUGGCAAAUAGUCUGUAUCAAGUUCGACAAAGGACCCCGUCAUAUAACAGACACAACCUGCCAACAGAAACAAGCGAGAAAGAAGCCACAGAAAUUCUCAUCUGUCGCCAGAACAGCCUGAGGCAGAGUGUCAGGAAAGGAAACAGCUUACCUUGGGGGAAACCGGCUAGAACCAAAAAUGUGCGUUUCCUCUCUUUACCAUACGGCACUCAUCAGCCAGCUAGAGGAAAAGCAAGGCACGAUGCUUCUACAGGUGAUUACUGCAAUGAUUCUGAUUCAAUGGUCUCCAUCAUGUUCAGGCCACAGCUCCGAGCAGGCUCCCUUGCAGGAAACCGUCGUCAGCAGGAGAUAGUUCCAAUGGAGCAAUUAGAUAGAAGAGAGAAACUGUCAGAUUUUGCAGGUCAGAGGGGAACCCCAAGCAAGCCGGGUCACACAGCUAGAAUAAGAAGACUGGCUUUAAUGCCAAAGCCCCAGUUUGAUGCAGUGUUUGAAGAAGAAAUACAGGGAUAUGAAUCAGAAGAGGAGGAAGAAGCAGUCGCAGCAUCAAGGCCAUCAGUCAAAUGGGCACCAGAGAAAAAAAAUGUAAGACAUUUCCACAAAGCCCCAAGCUCCCCAUUCUGGAGAAAAUAG